GUCUGCUGUGAUGGAGAAGAGAGGGCUGCUCAUCCUUCUGCUUGCAGGGUUUUGUGGGCCUGCGUACAACCAGAUCAGAAACCGUGUGUUUGUGGAAACUGUUAAGAGCUGGUCUGAAGCUCAGAGCUACUGUAGAGAGAUGCACUCAGACCUGGCCACUGUGUUCGGCCAGGAAGAAGCAAAGCAGCUCUUAAAUAUUGCAGGCGUUUCUCUCUAUGAUAAAUCCUGGAUCGGGCUAUAUCGUGAUGACACACAGAACUGGCAGUGGUCUAACAGCGAUGAUGUCAUCUACUCCAACUGGAGGGCAUACCUCUUCUGUGCUUCAGUCAAUUCAGAGGGAAAGUGGAUUGAUUCACCCUGCAACCUUCAGAAAGCCUUCAUGUGCUACAAAGAGACCAGCAACAUCACUGAGAGAUACACCCUGAUUGAUGAACAGAAAACCUGGACUGAAGCUCAGCAGUACUGUAGAGAACACCACACUGACCUCGUCAGUAUAAAGAGUGCCAGUGAAAAUGAAGACUUAGUGAACAAAGCACAGGGAACGCCCUUCUGGAUAGUGGGGGAGACAAUGUGA